AUGAAUUCUCGAGAUCCACCAAGUAAGAUAUUAUUGUUAAUCAUUUCUUACUUGCCUCCUUCAUUUCCCCUUACCAAUGAUUAUCUGUUCAACAUGUUCAAAUCCUAUGGAGACAUCAAUAAAAUACUCAUUUUUGAGAGAGGGAAAACCAAUAAAGCCUUUGUUGAAUACUUGAAUGUUAAGCAUGCAAUCCUUGCAAGAAGGAACAUGAUGGGGAAACAAAUAAGUCCAGAAGGAGGAAAGUAAUGUUUAGUAUUUUAUAUAUAGACUACUAAUUCACUUUUCUCGUCUCAAGUAACUCAAUCUCGAAGUAGUUGAUCAAACCCGUGGAACUUUAUACUAAAAAAGUGAAGUUGAGACUCAACUGUAAUUAAAUCCUGUAUCGAAAACAAAAAUUAAGAAUAACAAAGAUAAUAUCGAGAGUUAACAAGUCCAAACACAUCAAAAUUAAAUGAGAGUCCCCCAAGAUUUAGGAGAGUCUCCUAACAAAACAAUGUUUAAUUUUUAAAUUAUUAUUUAAGAAUGGAAUCAUAAUUAAAAUAAUUAAUAUAAAUUCUGGAUGAUGACUUCAAUAGUGAAAUUGAAAAGUCUCAAUAAAUCUAAUUUGAUCAACAAUAACUGAUAAUUGAUUAGUUAUUAUAUUAGAAGCCAUCCAAAUAUCUGAUAGUGUCCAAUAUAGAUGUUAAAAUUACAUCUAAGAUGCUGUAUAAUCUCUUUAACAGAUUCGGACAUCUUGAUAGUUUGCUUUUUAACAAAAAAUAAUAGACAGCCAUCCUACAGUUUACAAACUCAGAUUAGGCUACCAUAGCUAAAGAAUUACUAAACAAUGUAUAAUUUUUCAAUAAGGAAGUGAGUAAAUAAAAUAUAUAGUUAGUUAAGAAUUUUGUUCCAUCAGCAGAGCGAUCUUAGAACCAAAAAUGUAGAUGAAGAACUGUAUAUAGGUUCAAAAACUAAAUUCAAAAUUGUUCCUAUAAGCAAAGUUUUAAUCUUUUCUGGAAUCAAAGAUAUUAUUGAAAUUUAGGAUAUGGUCAAAUUAGUUGGAAUGAUAUAGGGUAAUUUAUUUAAAUGAAUAUAAUUAGAUAUUAGAUUAGAUUAAAAUUAAGUUCAGGUGACUAUGGUAGAUAUUUAUGAAGCCUUGAGAAUUAUAUCAGUUUUCUCUGAAUAUGAAUAUAAGGGAAAUAAAUUAAACAUAUUCUUUAAAUGA